AUGGAGGCUGCGACGCUUUAUGUUUUAAAUGAAGAAGGACUUAGCAGUGAAGUACUAUUUAGCAUUUGUUCUAAACUUGAACAGAUAGAGUCACUACAACUUAUUGGAUGUGAUCUCCAUGCAGAUGGCUUAACAUCUUCUAUAGUUAACUUCUUUCUUAUAACAAGGGUACAUUUUGUUUGUUCUCGAUCCAAUUCUAUAGACAAUGCAAAGAAAGAAAAAUCAAAACUUCAUAGAAAGUCUGCAAAGUUAGUUUAA